GAAGAAGAAGAAGAAGAAAAGCAGGAGUGCGUGGUGAGUCUGAUGUGGAACACGCAGCGCCAGGUGGAGCCUGGGGAGAAGGAAUGGGAUGGAGCAUCGAAUAAUUAUUUAAUUUUAUACUUGCUGAAGAUAAUGACUGAAGUUUGACCAAUAGAGUGCAGGCUUCGUACACAAUCAACCAAUUGUGAGCGAGAAGAUAGGAUCUACAGAGAACGGUCAAAGCAUGCGAAGAUAAGACAAAGGCCAUAAAACUGUCCUAAAGGUCUUUUAUAAGAAGCACUGAUUGGAUCUCACAGCACUGAGAGAAACGCAGGUGAAGAGUCAAUACAGACCAACAAGAUCAACACAUGAAAGCAACUCUUAGAGGAUUUUUGACAAGAUGAGAAAAUUAUUCUUGCUGGUUCUCACCAUAACAGCUUCUGCCAGUCCAGUUCAGGAUGAGAAGCUUCCUGAUCAAGUGGUGAAGGUGCCAGCGGUUGAGAAAGAACCAAGGGUAGAGCACACAGAAGCAGAGCAAGGUCCUCUGAUGCAGGAUGAAGCUGUUGCAGAUUCACGUAUGUUGGAGCCUGAUUCAGUGCUGCUGGGGCCAGAGACAACAGAGGAACACGGAGUACCAGAAGAGACACAAGUGAUGUUGGAGGAACCGAUGCUAGAGGCAGAUUACCUGACUGAAGAGAUGCCAGAGACAGAACUAGAGCCUGAGCCAGAAAUAACUGCCAUUCAGAUGAACAGAAACAUCAUACCUGUGGAGGAAGCUGUACAACAGUUAGAGUCUGAAACUAAUAUAGAGGUGGAAGAUGAAAAAGAAGAAAAUGUAGUAAAGGAGGAGCCUACACUUGAGGCUGAGUAUAUAGCGGUUGAAGAUCCAGAAAUACAAAUGGAACUUGGGAGGGAAAGACGAAGGACACAGAUUGGGAGAUGGACUUGUAGAGGAGUUGUCCUACAGGGCAAAUGUUACCAGUACUUCACAAGAAACCUUGAUGCCUAUACUGCUGAGUUACAAUGUCAAUCUAUCUGCCCCAAUGGCCACCUGGCCUCUGUGACAAGCAGCUACGGUCGUGACGGAAUGGGCAAGUUAAUGGACCGGUAUGGCGGGCGCACUCGCGCAUGGCUUGGAGGACGGAGAAUCAUUGGUACAAAUAAUUUUGUUUGGUUGGAUGGAACGCAGUGGAGCUAUAAUGGCUGGGCUUUUGGAGAGCCCAAUAAUGCUGGUGGGAUGGAGAAUUGUGUGGAGACAUGGAAUGAUCUGGCGUUCAGUGAUGUACCAUGCACAAUACCCAAACCGUUCAUCUGUUCCUGUCCAGUUUAGACAGCCAGAAGGUUAACCUAAUCUGCUAUACAGUAACUUUUAUGAAAAAAGUGUAAAUGAUAAUAAUUCUUUCUUGCUUUUUAUUAUUAUUAAUUUAUAAGUGUUAUUCAGUAAUCAACCCAUGUUUUAUUAAAUUUGCCUUGCAUUGUUUACGAAAAAAGAAUAAUAAUAAACAUUUUUAUACACCACAACUGAUUCAUUUAGUUUGGUUAAUUUAGCAUUAAGUUGUUGUAAGCAAUUUACUAGCUAAAACUAUCCUUUUCAACAUGUCUACUGUAUGUUUAAAUAAAGCUAAAAUUAUAUUAAAUA